AUGGCCGACGUCUCUGCUGCAACAUGCGAGGUCCUCUUUGAAGAGCCCUUGGGCAGAUACGUCUUGCGAAAAGUCCGAAGUGAGGAGGUCAAAGUGUUGGAUGCUGGUGUCUGGCGGCUUGCGCAAACGGAAGCUGGGGAUGCCUAUGUUGCCAGUGGCGAAAAGACGCUUUGGUGCGAAGAGCUUUUGGACAUCACUGUGCUACAACAUCCUACAAAACAGGAAGAUUGGGUUUGCUUGCCCGAUGGCACGGACAUGGGCUUGAAAGAGUUUCGCUGCAGGCAUCAUCGCAUAGAGGUCCCGUUGAGAGUCGUGGGCUGUGCGACAGAGAUGUCACUGCCUUGUUUCCUUUUGAAACAGAGCGUAGACGGUUGCAGACUGCUCUGGUCACUCACUCAUCUUCAUCGUCUGGUGCUGGGCAAAGCGGAGAAGAUGACGCCAUCGCGCUGGCUGCAUAGCUGGUGGCAGUGGUGGCUGAAGCUCGUCACUCGGUUCCACAUGGGCCCAGGGCAUCUACGAAAAGCAGCAGGGCAAGAUGCAGAUGACUCGGAAGUUUACCGCAUCUUUGAGGUGCCAGUUGUCAGCACGGCCAUGCUGUUACUGCUCAGUGCCAGAUUCGCAGCAGAUUCCCGCGGGAGCCAGAAAAAAAAUCAGCAGUCGAAGGAUGCCUGGAGCUCGGCUUUGGCGGCAUUGCUUGCGAAGUACGUGCCCGAAAAUGACCAUGAAAUCAGCAUCUUCUUGGACACAAGCGUAGUCUUGCGAAUGGGCAUUCAUUGUCGAGGUCGUCACUUGGUAGGUCUCCCUGUGCAGAACGGCUUAGUCGACUUGUCAGCUGUCUUCAGCUGCCAGGACGCUGCAGUUGGGAAGAGGCUAGCGGUCUUUGGUCAGGCCCCGCCUCGCAAGCUCACUCUUGCUGACGCUUUGGUCUGGCUGACGAACGGCGGGAAGCAGGUGCAAUGGCUUCUUUCACAGUUCAUCCACCGGCUCGCUUGCACGAUAGAACAUGCCAUUCAGGAGCAGUUUUCGAGAAGCAGUGCGACGCCGGGGCUUGCGGCUACAACGCCUUCAGGGCAGGAGGAGGAGGCCGAGCAAAUCGCAGCAGGACGUGAGCAACGCCAACAGCAAGCGCGACUUCGCAAAGCCCAGACCGGCAUCAAGCCCAUGCAGCCGAUGCCCUUACACAAGGUCCUCUUGAAGUACUUUUACGCCAUGCGGAAGAAGAUGGCGACCAGUCGAGUGCUCCAUGUCGCAUUUGAUGCAUCAAGGGUGGGAGGACUGAGCUCACUGCUGGGCUUCGUGACGAACGGGGCGGGCGGUGCAGCAUGGCUGCCGCCACAGGUGGUUCCCGACCUCGUGACGCGCACGACGCUGGCCCUUGCACACCAGGACGAGGAGGCGUUGGAGAGAGAACGCACGGAGUACGCAAAGCUUGCCGAGGAGUUUUUCCACUCUGCGGAGAAGUCGGAGAAGACAGUGAAGGUCAGGAAGCUGCACAGAACGAAGGUCUGGUCUUGGCUGUGUUCCACAGACCAUGCGUUGCAGGUGGCCACGGGCGCAGGGUGGAAGCAGUUCCGCGCAUCAGGCUCCCCUGAGACAUGGCGCAGCAUCACCAUCUCACUAGACCAAGGCAGCGACGGAUGGUCUGCUGCGCAUUUUCUGUGCAGUGAGAAGGUGAAUGCCCUCAUCAUCGGUGACGUGAGCCACAGGACCUGGAACGACUGCCAACUGGCCUUGCACGACGUGAAGCUCAACUGGUUGGUUCUGAGUGUGAUCUGUCUUCUCAACAGCGACAGCGGCCCUUGGAACUCGGAGCGAUGGUGGCAAAGCUUGAAGCAAAGUGCGGACGAGUACGUACAGGUCGCCUCGCACAACAAGGACCCGCUGUACCUGGCCUACGAAGCAGCCAUCGUCGAGGAGCAGACCUCUGGCGAUGAGAUGGCCGAGGGCACGGCAGACCCGGAGCAGCUCUUCAACAGCAUUCCGGAUGCUUUUGAUCACAAGCAGCAAAAAGUGGGCAAGAGCAGGUGGUUCCAAGUCGCAGUUGCCUUGCGCCACUUCUUGCCGCUCCGAGCCAAAAGCUUGGUGGUCAGCUUGUACCUUUGUUUGAGCUUGGGUCUGUUCAAAAGCGGUCGCGCAGCUGACUUGUUGAAACUGCCCUCCUUAACGCUGGCGGCGACCCAAGACGUGCCGAAGACCAACAACACAGCCACUGAUGCAGAGGAUGUGCGCAAACUCCGCAAGCAAUGCCAGAACACUUUGGUGUUCACGACAUCGCUGCUGGCAGAUUCCCACAUUUGGCAGCGUUUGCGUAUCGUGGCCGGCGUACUCGAGCCGGUGCAGCAGUGGCACAGCUGGCAGAACAAGUUGAAUCGCUCACCAACAGAAAGCCUCACCUUCUGGCAGCACAUGUGCUCCGAAGAGAGUUUCUCGCAUGUCAACAGAUGUUUGGCCUUGAUGAGCGAUGUCGACUUUUUGCAGUCAAUCAAGGUCACCAUACCUGGCCAAAGAGCACUGGAAAUCCAGCAUCUCAAGACGGAAAGCAUCGUGGUCGAGUUGGAGGAUGACUUGUGCCAUGCUCUAGGAAGCUUGGCUGUGAGCGUCGCCGGGCGGAGGCUGCGGACUUUGUCAGAGCUGCAGGGAUACCCUUACAAGUUUCCUGCACUUCUGGGCCCCGCUGCAUCGCAAGUGCUGCAGCAGAUGCGCCGUGAUUGGCAGACUUGGCAAUCAAUCCAGGAUCUGAAAGGUGCUUUUUGGGAGCGGAUGCGGAAAAGAAGCUUCUUCAACCAGCUGAAAGUCUUGCAGAUCUUUCAGCUCGCAGCGAACGCAGAAUGGAAGAUGACAGAAACAUUGGCUCAGCUCAUCAGGCAAGACUGGAGUGGAAUCACCCAGACCAAGCUCAUCGAAGAUGGUGUGCGAGAGGGACGUGUGGCAGAGAUGAAUCCAGGUUUCAACAAACGAGUCAAGCCAGAGCGCCUGUACGAGAACCUCAUUAAUGGAGACGUUGCUUGCAAGAAGCAUCGCUUCUCGACCUUGGAGUAUGACACGGUGACCCUCCCUCGCGGUUUGGCCUCGAAGUCUGGGAAAGGGCUCUUUCACUCAGCUCCAGGCAAGAUUCCCAAGGAGUACAAGAAGGUCUGCAGUGAAAAGCAACAGGCAGACUACCACUCUCCUGCACCUAUAAUGGGAACCAUGCCAACAGAAGAUUUGAUUUUGGUGAGAUGGUGCCAAGAGAGGAAGCAGCUGCAUUUGGCGAGAUGCUGUUUUUUUGCUUUGCUUGUGGUGCCGAUGAAGAUGCUCAUACGUCACAAAUCGUAUGAGGGCGGAGCUUGGUUUUUGGCUGUGAGAAACUACACGGGCAUGUCAGUCAUGGCCUUGAAAUUGCAAGCAGUUCAACAUUCAGGUCAUUCCUUCUUUGCCUGCGAGACAGUGACUCGGCCCCAUUUCUUGCCCAUCGUGGAAACAGAGAGCUGGCAAUGCUGCAGCUUCGCCUUUCGAAGUCCUUUGUUCGUCCGUCUUGCAACUGGUGCUUGGUGCGUGUCGCAAGGCAGCUUGAUUCAAGCAACGUCUCAGCCCACGAGCUUGCUGAAACUGGCUGCGCAGAACAGCUUUUGGACACUUCCAAAAACUGCCCUAGCUACCAUUGGCAAGGAGGUCGGCGUGCAGCUGGACAAGUCUCGGCCUCUCGCUGAGCUCAUUCUGUGCUUCGCAGAAAGUAUCCUAGGCGCGCUGUCUGAUGAAGAAAAGUUGCGUUUGCUCAGGCUGCGACUCCCCAAAAAGGGAGACGUCGAGGAGUGGUUGCUUCAGCAAGAGGAUUUGGGAGAUCUGCUUGAGAAGGACGAUGCGGAGGAGUUGCAGAAGGAGCGUGAUGCCCACAAUACUGCGAAGGAGGAGUUUGGCCACAGUGUCCGGCAACUUGCUUCAAAAGUCCGACAUGCUCGCAAAGCAAGCCAAAGUUCCCGCAAGAGCUCAUCGGCCAGAGAAGAACCGGCAGAGAAGAGACGAAGGAGGUACCCGAACAAGGUGCCUGCGAUUUGUGAGCAGAGUAGCAUUGACAGUUUGAAUAGCCUCGUUCCGUCAACCUGCCGCUUCGGAGUCGAUCGAAUCGACUACUGUUGGCGCUUGAGCGCUUAUGGCACUCGAUACGGCCGUUCUUGGCAACUUUACGGUGUAGAGGGUGCCGCCAAACAGCUUUUGAAGAUCGCUUGGCAGCUGGCAGUGGAAGCAGGGCACGAGGAAAGCUGUCCUUUCCCAGAGCUGGAAGUGCAAGUUGCCCGCUAG